UUCUGCUCUUCUUCUCCUUUCUUCCCGCUGCAGCCACUCGAAAGAAAAAGAAAGAGAACCCAGCCAUGCCUUUGAGAAACCGGUGAGAUAAGCUUGGUUUUCUCCUUCCUUUCUCGCUCUAGAACACACCUAGAACCCAGAAAUCUUCCCCCCCCUGCUGGAAAAGCCGGAUCUGCCCUGCUCUGCUUUGUCCUUCCGCCAGCUGCUCUUGAUUGUGGGUGAUUUCUGGGCAUUUUUUUCGAUUUCCCGUGAGCUUCCCCUUGAAUUUUCUGCAGAGUGCGGCCGGCCUUCCCCCAACUGCAGUCCAGUUUUUGGCUGCUAAAUUAUGGUUCUUGAUCGUUCUGUCAGUUUAGUACGUGAAUUGAGUGCUCAGUUUUAUGCAAGUGAGGAAGUGAAACCGAGGACGGGAAACCACGGGAAGUGACGAGUUAGAAGGCUAGCCAAUUCGAGAUUGAACAUAGAUUUAGAACUAAAUCAUGAUCUUGUAUUUGGAGAUUUUAAUUGGAGAUUUAUGAUAUUAGAGCAAAUAUUGAGAUUUGAUUUUCAGAUUUUGGUGGUAUCAGAGUGUGAAUUUGAUAAGUUUCGAGCCUUGUGCAUUUGUGGGACUCGUCUCACGAGUGUACGGCGUCUGCCACGUCCCCGGAUUUGGGUUCUGGGGCGUGACACAAUACCAGGAGAGAAGGGUCCAGAGACUAGAGCUCACCUCAAUGUGAAAUGUGUCUAGACAUGAAAACAUAAAGAUAUGACAGCAACUGGCACCCGAAGGGCUGGGCAAACGUCAAUACAAUAUAUAUAUUUUUUCUUUUUUAUACAAUAGGCAAUGAAAUGUUGAUGGUACACUGUAAGAAAAUAAAUAUUUUAUAAUGAU